AUGAAUUUACAAUUUGAAUCCGAACCUGAACCUGAACCAGAACCAGUACUUAUCUCCAAUAAUACAGCUGUAAUUCAGCCUCCUUUUAAAAUCGAUUGUACUCAAUUUAAAACCCUCAACUAUCUACUUGAUGCAACGUUAAGCUACAUGAAAAAUGUCAAUCCGAAUAAUAUUGUUCAGAAAACCGAAGAAGCUUUCAACCAGUGGAUUAUGUAUAUCCAAAACAAAAAUUAUCCUGAUAUUUCGCAACCUAAUCCGCUUGGUUUAAAACGUGAUUCUCAAAAUAUUAUACGUUGUCAUGGACGCCUGGUUGAAUCAUGUCUCGACGAUAAUGCAAAGUUUCCAAUACUUCUACCUGAGAAAGAAUACUUCACUCACUUAUUAAUUGAAAAAAUUCAUAUCGAUAACUAUCAUGUUGGCGUUUCGCAUACUCUCUCUGAAUUGAGAAAAAAUUUCUGGAUUCCAAAAGGCAGAUCGACGGUGUACUACGUUCUAAAAAAAUGUGCUAACUGCAAAUACUACGAUGGUGGUCCAUAUAAAUAUCCUGCAAUUCCUCCGUUACCUGAAUUUCGUGUAAAUCAAAGCAGUCCGUUUUCCUGUUGUGGUAUCGACACAUUUGGUCCUUUAUACGUCAGUGAUAACUCAGUCCAGAAAAAAGUAUUUGUUAGUAUUUUUGUUUGUAUGAUUACGCGUGCGAUUCACUUAGAACUUUUAGAGAAUAUGACCACUCAAGAAUUCCUACUCGCUUUUCGUAAUUUUAUAGCAUUACGCACAAUUCCAAAAUUCGUAAUAAGUGACAACGCGCCACAAUUUAAAAUAACCAAAUCAGCUUUUGAAAAUCUUUGGCAACAAAUAAUUUCUGAUAAUGAUGUAACAGAUUUUUGUAAAAAUAAUUUGAUAGAAUGGAAACUGUUGCCUGAAUAUGCCCCGUGGCAUGGCGGUUUUUACAAAAGAUUAAUCGGUAUAGUGAAAAUGUCGCUAAAGAAAACAAUUUUUAAUUGUAUAAUAACAGAAAAUCAAUUGAGAACCGUGUUGUAUGAAGUAACUUCUGUUAUUAAUUCGCGUCCUAUUGUUUAUGUAGGUGAAAAUGAUAGUAAUGUAUUAACACCUAAUGAUUUGAUGAAUACCAAAUUCGAUUUUAUUCCGGAUAUUGAUAAUGUUAAAAAUAUUAAACGUGAUGUAAUCGUAAAUUUAUGGAAAAGAUCUAACGAUAUUAUUAAUCAAUUUUGGAACGUUUGGAAAUUUCAAUAUUUAACUAGUCUUCGUGAACGUAAUAUUAGUAUAAAACAAAAGAAAAAUGUAGUAGACUUAGUUCCUAAAGUAGGAGAUAUCGUAUUAAUUGAAGGUGAUAAAAAAUUUUGUCCUAGAGGAGAGUGGAAAGUUGGUAAAGUAAUUAAUGUUAAUGUUAGCUCAGACAGUAAUGUUAGAUCAGCAAUCGUUGAAACUAAAAAUUCUAAACUUACCCGUCCCAUUAACAAAUUGUAUCCCUUGGAAACAUCGUAA